AUGUAUUUAGUGGAGAGCAAGGGGGGUGCCAUAGGGUGCAUGCUGUUGGCUCUAUUCUUUUUGGGGACAUGGCCUGCUGUUUUGACUCUGUUAGAAAGACGAGGCCGUCUUCCUCAGCAUACAUACCUUGAUUACUCAAUCACCAAUUUCUUCGCUGCUGUUAUCAUUGCUUUUACAUUUGGCGAGAUAGGAAAGGGGACACAUGAUCAACCAAAUUUCUUAGCUCAACUUGCUCAGGAUAAUUGGCAGUCAGUAAUGUUUGCAAUGGCAGGUGGUGUGGUCCUUAGCAUAGGGAAUCUCUCCACACAAUAUGCAUUCGCUCUAGUUGGUCUUUCGGUUACCGAAGUGAUCACAUCAAGCAUAACUGUUGUUAUAGGAACAACAUUAAAUUACUUUUUGGAUGACAAAAUCAAUAAAGCUGAGAUUCUUUUCCCAGGAGUUGGUUGCUUUUUGGUUGCAGUUUGUCUAGGCUCUGCUGUUCAUUCAUCAAAUGCUGCUGAUAAUUCCGCUAAGCUCAAGGAUUUUUCAAAUGAUCAUAAAGAUGCACCCUUGGAUUCCUUGAGAGAAGGAAACAUAGUUAAAUCAAAGGAUAUUGAAAGUGGAAGCAAUUCUGCAGAUAGGUUGAAAGCAGGAAGUGCAGGUUUUCUUAUAGAGCUUGAGAAAACAAGAGCUAUUAAGGUUUUUGGGAAAAACACAUUGAUUGGAUUGAGUAUAACAUUCUUUGCUGGAAUUUGCUUCUCUUUGUUCUCACCAGCAUUCAACUUAGCAACAAAUGACCAAUGGCACACUUUAAAAAAAGGGGUUCCCCAUUUGAAUGUUUACACCGCCUUUUUCUAUUUUUCAGUAUCUUGUUUUGUUAUCGGCGUAAUUCUAAACAUCAUUUUCCUCUACCACCCUGUGUUAAAUUUACCCAAGUCGUCGUUAAAAGCUUAUUUGAGAGACUGGAACGGUAGAGGAUGGGCCUUGUUGGCUGGUUUUCUUUGUGGAUUUGGGAAUGGACUUCAGUUUAUGGGAGGUCAAGCUGCUGGAUAUGCGGCAGCAGAUGCUGUCCAAGCACUUCCACUUGUGAGUACAUUUUGGGGGAUUGUUUUGUUUGGAGAGUAUAGGAGAUCAUCACGAACAACAUAUACGCUGCUUGGGAGUAUGUUGUUUAUGUUUAUUGUGGCUGUUGGUGUGCUCAUGGCAUCAUCAGGGCAUAGGAAACAUUGA